AUGGCUGAUGAUGAAGGGAGUAACCAUGAAGAUGAAUUUGAAAACCAAGCUGACCAACCUGUUAGAAGCCUUAGAGACUAUUUGCAACCCACUAGGUCAAGUACCCCUUCCUGCGUGGCAGUCCCCGCCAAUACAAGAAAUUUUGACAUUAAACCUGGGGUUGUCCAAUUGCUGCCUAAGUUUUGUGGGCUUGAUUCUGAAAAUCCUUACAUGCAUCUCAAGGAAUUUGAUAUGGUUUGUGCUAUGCAUCUUAGUAAUCUUGAUGAUGUUGUUAAACUGACAUUGUUUCCAUUUUCUUUGACAGAAAAAGCCAGGUAUUGGCUACACACCCUAAGGCCCAGAACAAUAGGGACAUGGCAAGAGAUGACCAGGGAAUUUUUGAAAAAGUUUUUCCCAACUCAUAAGACCAAUACCUUGGGAAGGAGCAUCAUGAAUUUUAUCAUGAAAGAAAAUGAAACAUUUUUUCAAUGCUGGGAACGGUUUAAAGAACUUUUACUCUCAUGCCCACAUCAUGGGUACGAAACAUGGCGGGUGAUAAGUUUUUUUUAUGAUGGUUUGACUUCCAACAUGAGGCAAUUUGUGGAGAUGAUGUGUAAUGAUGAGUUUAUGAACAAAGCACCCGAUGAAGCUUGGGAUUAUUUUGAUCUCUUGGCCGAAAAUGCUCAAGUCUGGGACACCACAGAAGGGAGUGAUAAGGUAACACCUGAACCCAAUUCUAGGGGAGGUUUAUACCACGUUAAAGCAGAUGAGGAUAUGAGUGCUCGUAUUGCUACAUUGACAAGGAAGGUGGAGGCUAUAGAGCUAAGCAAGGUGGGUGUGACUAAGAGUCACAAACCAAUUGAGAUUAGUUGCGAGAUUUGUGAGGCUAAUGUGCAUUUGACCAAGGAUUGUCCCACAAUACCUGCUUUCAAAGAGGUGUUGCAUGAACAGGCCAAUGCGGCCAAUGCAUAUCAAAGACCAUUCAGUUCACCCUAUUCUGAGACAUAUAAUCCUAACUGGCGGAAUCACCCGAAUUUUAGUUGGAGAAAUGGUCAAUCUGCAAAUGAAUUUCAAGGAUCUUCUUCUCAUGUUCCUUAUGUGCUACCACAUAAGCAGACCUUGGAGGAAACAUUGCAAGCCUUUAUACAAAGCCAAUCUCAGAUCAACCAAGAUACCAGGCAAGAUAUUCAAGAGUUGAAAAACGCAGUUGGCAGAAUUGAGUCUCAGUUGAAUGUGAGAGAGAAAGGAAAGUUUCCAGCCCAACCUGAACCUAACCCAAGGACUCGAGCUGGGGUAAAUGAAGUCAGCAAUACUCAAGUGGAACAUGCCAAGUCUGUCACUAUCCUUAGGAGUGGAAAGGUGGUUAAUAAAGAGGUCCCAACAAAAGUUUCACCACCUAAGGGAGAUUUAGAAACCAAGGAAGAUGACAAGCCUAGUGAGGGUGGAGAUGUUAUGGAGAAAGUGUAUGAGCCUGUUGCCCCAUUUCCUCAAAGGUUGCUUGCACCUAAAAAGGGAACAGAAAAUCAAGAUAUUUUGGAAGUGUUCAAGCAAGUGAAAAUAAACAUUCCUUUGUUGGAUGCCAUCAAACAAAUUCCUUCAUAUGCAAAAUUUUUGAAAGAUCUUUGCACGGUUAAGCGAAAGCUUUUUGUUCACAAGAAAGCAUUUUUAACAGAGCAGGUAAGUGCUAUAAUUCAGCAGAAAAUUCCUUUGAAGCAGAAAGAUCCUGGAUCACCAACUAUCCCAUGCAUCAUUGGCAAUUCUAAGAUUGAUAAAGCAUUAAUGGAUUUAGGAGCAGGUGUAAAUCUACUACCCUACACAGUUUAUGAGCAGUUGGGCCUUGGGGAGUUAAAACCGACCAAAGUUGUUCUUCAACUUGCCGACCGAUCUGUUGUUAUACCAAGAGGGGUAGUAGAGGAUGUUUUGGUGCAAGUGGAUAAAUUUUACUUUCCUGUAGAUUUUAUUGUUUUAGAUACAAAGCCUAUUUCACAUUCUAGCAUUGACGUUCCUAUCAUCUUGGGACGACCAUUUCUGGCUACUUCUAACGCUUUGAUUAAUUGCAGGAAUGGAAUCAUGAAGCUUACAUUUGGAAAUAUGACCGUUGAGUUGAACAUCUUCAACAAUUGUAAGCAACCUGUCAUUGAUGAUGACGAGGAGAUUCAUGAGGUGGACAUGAUCCAAACCUUGGUAGAAGAUAAGUUUUCUCACUCAAUGUUUUCUGAUCCUAUAGAGGCAUGUUUACUAAAUCCCAUGAGUGAUGAUAUAGAAUUGGAAAAAGCUCAUGUUAUUCUAGAUGUUGAUCUAGUGAUGGACACUAAUGGAUAUUUGGAGCCGAUAGAUGAGUCUAGUGAUUUUGAGGAUCUUGUUUAUCGAGAUCUACUAAACACAUGA